GCACGCCCCCGACCUGUAGGACGCCGCUGGACUUGUUGCGAAGGCCACCUGUUAACACAUGGAGGCCCCGUGAACCAGAGCGUGGGCCGCGAUGCCGCGCUGUUAUAUGGUAAAGAAGAGCAAUCAGCGACACGAUGGCCCGCCUCCGUGCAGUCCGACCGAGGCCAGUGUAGCUCCGCCUUGCUACAGCCCGGCAGCAGAUUCGGCAGUCACCGACACAGAAUCACAAACGUGCGAAAAUGACAGGAUUCCAUUUACAUCACUGUUCGAAAGAACGGCGGCAGACACGGAGGCCGCUCAUGAUCUUUUGUCGCUUGCGAAUAGCCGGCCACCGCCGCCGCCGCCGCCGCCGCCGCCGCCGCCGCCGCCACCACCCGCGCCCGAACCCGUCGCCGCGCUGCUGCCGCCACCCGAGCCGCCGCUCGUCCCAGUCUACACCUACACCAUACAGCCGACUAACAUCUUCAUCGUCACCGAGGAUCCUUCCGAUCCGGUCUAUCCGGGUGGGCCGAAUAUCACUCCCGUGCCCCAAUUCGAAUACAUGGUGGACCCGCAAGUGUACGUGGUGGAUCCGCACCUCGCGUACCAACCCAUCCCUGAUCCUCAGAUCCAGUUCGUAGAGCCGUUGACGAUACCUAUUCUCGUAGAGACUGUGCCGAUGCAGUUGACGCCGCAACCGCCUCCGCCCCCGCCUCCGCCCGCGCCGCCCGAGCCGCAGCAAGCGGCACCGUCGCCACAGAUGCACUGUUCGAAUUCGACAAUCGAACCGGGAGAGAUACGGCGGUCUGCCCAGCCGAAAGAUAAAUCCGCAAAAUACGAUUGUAAUGAAUGUGGCAAAUGCUAUGCGACUUCAUCGAAUCUGUCACGCCACAAGCAAACUCACCGUAGCCUCGAUUCGGUUGCAGCAAAAAAAUGCGAGGAGUGCGGGAAAGCUUACGUGUCGAUGCCGGCAUUGGCAAUGCAUGUUCUGACACAUAAAAUGGGAUACAUUUGCAGCGUAUGCGGCAAACACUUUUCGAGGCCAUGGCUUCUGCGCGGGCACUCGCGUUCGCACACAGGCGAAAGACCUUACGACUGCCCGAUCGGCGGGUGCCGUAAGGCGUUCGGAGACCGCUCCAAUCUUCGUGCACACCUCCAGACUCACUCUGCAGACAAGAAAUUCGAGUGUUGCCGCUGUGAGAAGACUUUCGCCCUCAAGAGCUAUCUCGUCAAGCAUCAGGAGACAGCGUGCUACCGUCCUUGCUGAAGGACGCAUCAGCCGACGAAACGAAGCAACGAAUAACUUCUCUAUGAACUUCUAUACAUCUAUAUAUUUAAACAAAUCAAUUUAUAAAUUAGGCGAUGAAGCUAUCCGGCGCGGCGACGAUAAAAAUGAUAAGCAAUAAUUAUGUACCUAAUAUUGAUACGGCUCUUUCUAUAAUAAGUUAAGCGUAUUUUUUCAAUAAAAAAUUAAUCCAGCUUCGACGGAUUUAAAUAUUGUGUCAAUUUAUGACAAGAGUCUGCAAUGUUAUAAACGUAACGUAAUUUAUUAUACGUAGUAAUUUUUAAUUAACCAUACGAUAAGUUAACGCCACACGCGUGGCUUGUGACGAUUUAGGUAGUAGUUACGGUGAUACGUAGAGACUUAAAGAAACCGUCGAGCUGUGGUACAAAGAGAGCAAUAAAGUAUUGUGAAUAGAAGAAAGUGAUAGGUGCACGAGUAGCGUGCGAUGCGUAGUAAGUAGUGAGUAGGUCGGUGGACGGCGUCGCGCGUCGCGGAUGGACCAAACUGUUGCCCGGCGCCCGGCCCGCGCCUCCCUCGCUCUCAUCGUCACACCAGCCCUGCUUCA